GGGAGCGCUCCCCCGCCUGCCUCCCCCCGCUGCCGUGGGGAGAAGGGGAAGGGGAAGGGGAAGGCAGCUCCCGGCCCCCGGCGCUGGCGGGGCCGGAGGCCUGGCUCCCUUCGCCCGCCCUUGCCCCGACCUGACGAUGCCCGUGGGCCCCACCGUGCCCCCCGUCCCUGCGGUCCCCAUGCCUCAAGGGACCACCCCGGCCCCCCCGCAUGGCCGCAGCCCCCUGCCCGCCCUGCGUGCUGCUGGGGCACCCCCACAAGCACCGAGCCGGCAGAGCCCGGCUGCCGUGGCCGCGCUGUGAGGUCGGAUCGCAGGAGAGUUCCAGCAAGGGCCCCCACCCCGGCGGUCCCCCCCCAGCGAUGGGCAGCGGGACCCCGGCAGCCCCGUCCCCCCGCCGCCCGCCCCGCCGGCCCCCCGCCCCGCCGCCCGCCCGGCGCACCCAGGCCUGACCCACCCGCUCCAACCCCCCCAGCUCCAUGGCGAGGACGGACCCCUGACGGCAGGCUCGCCCGCGGGCCAGAGGAAACGCGCCGGGCACGGCCCGGGGAGAUGCCCUCGGCGGCCCUGACAGCAUCGGGUCCUCCCUGACCCUGCCGCCGCCCUGAGCAUCCCGUCCCCCCCAUCCCGAGGGCAGGGAGAGGCGGGGGCCUCCCCCCGGGGCCAGCUGCCAAGAUGGUGAUGUCCCAGGGCACCUACACCUUCCUCACCUGCUUCGCGGGCUUCUGGCUCAUCUGGGGCCUCAUCGUGCUGCUGUGCUGCUUCUGCAGCUACCUGCGGCGGCGGGUGAAGCGGCAGCAGGAGGAGCGGCUGCGGGAGCAGAGCCUGCGCGCGCUGGAGAUGGAGCCGCUGCACUACGAGGGUUACGGGGGCAGCCCCCCCGGCAUCGCCAUUCCCCACCGCCUCCGCCUCGAGCCCCACCAUCACCAUCACCACCCCCACCACAUGCCACCCCCCCGGCCCUGGAGCUGCCGGCACGGGGUCCGGGGGGGGCUUUGCCUUGCAGAGUCAGACCUGUCAAAGCCGCCGUGCUAUGAGGAGGCGCUGCUGAUGGCGGAGCCCCCCCCGCCAUACAGCGAGGUGCUGAUGGACACGCGGGGGCUCUACCGCAAAAUCAACGCCCCUUUCCUGAGCCAUGAGCGGCUGGAGAAGCAGGAGCAGCCUCCCAGCUACAAACCCCUUUUCCUGGACGCCGGCUACGGUUCAGCGCUGCACCUGCCCCGCUCAGCCAGCCCCGGCCCUGCCUGCCCGGACCUCUACCUGCAGCAGGAGUGCUCCCCACGCAUGUUUCCCAGCUGGACGGACUCGGAGCUCAGCAGCAGGGACACCUACGAGACGGGACCCUGGCACCUCCCGGUCUCCAUGCCCCUCUUCGGCAGGACUACCGCUGUCUAACGGCGGCCACGGGGGAUGCCCGGACCUUGCCAUGCACCUGGGGGGUGGGGGGCUUUCGGUUGCUCGUGUCACCCCAGGGACACCCGCCCCGGCGCGGGCCAUCGCCGCCGGCGCGGAAGGGGCUGGUUCCCCGUCUGGCCCCCGCCGGCCCCCCCAUGGCCGGGGGCGCUGGGGACCCGGACUCUGCUCUGUUUCUUAAAUUUUUCGUUUGUUACAGUUUGAGAAUAAAAGUUUGUGGCUCGG